GUUAUUUUAAAUAAACAUAGCAUAAUAAAGAAAGAAAAUCACGAUGAGUUUCCAUUUAUUAUUAAAAUAAAAAAUGAUUUUGAGAAACCGCAUAUGCUAGAUAAAAUUGUUGGUUUUUUGUUUUUUCUAUUUAUUUUUACUUCUUAAAUACAUACAUAUAACACGAUGAGCAUACAAUUUAAAAGCAAUAAAAAGAAUAGAUUAGGGUCAAAUGGUAUAAGACAAGCUGAUGAUCGUCGACCAUCGUCAUUAUUAGAUUCAAUGGACCAAAAAGAACUUGAAGCUCAAUAUGAAAAAAUAAAAAACAUGUUGAAUAACAACUCUCUUAAAUUACCAGAUGGAGGUGCUAAAUUAAAAGCAAAACUUGAACAGAUUAAAUGUCUAUUGGAUGACCAAAACGCUAUUGCCAAUAAAGUGUCAGAAUUAUCACUUGAUGAUAAAAUUAACGUGCGCCAAGAGACAAUUGACCGUUCCAAUAACAUUUCACCUCAAGUACAUUCUACUAAACUUUUAAAAGCCCAUUCAUUGGAUUCAAAAACGGAGCAAAAUACAUCAAGAUCUGCCCGCAUGAUGAGUUUAGAUGAAUCUAUGCAUCUACAAGAAGCACAACAAAAGGAUAUUAAAUUGGCUAAUAUGAAAAAGAGAAUGGAAUCAGUAAGAAAUGCUACAGUAGAUAACUUGGCAGAUGAUUUAGCAAUGACGAUGAAUAGUUUACAAUUAGAUCCUGAGACACGUCAACCACGUCCAGAUGAUGAUGGACUUAGUGAUGAAGAAGGAGAGGAUGCUGAUUCUGAUGACCUUUCAGAUUCAGAAAAUGAAGAACUCUAUGAAAGAUAUGACGAUGAAGGUUUCGAAGAGGAUGAACAACACAUAUUUGAUGAUGGACGACAACAAGACGAUAAUACAAGGAUUUGAAGACAUUGUUUAAUAAUAAUAAUAAAGCACAAGCAUGGUCAUUUAUCACUUCUAGUUCUUAUAAAUGCAGG